AUGACCGUGCUUUUGCAGCAGCAGCUCCUUGGUCGAUCCAACCCCAACGACGCCCUACUCAGCAAGGACAUCAGGGUUGAGCUGCCAACACAUGCAGCACUUAGCAAGAGUCGACUUGCGACAAACGUCAACGAUGUUCGUCGAACGAUCAAUCCAGCCAUCGAAAAGACAACCUCGCAGUCCACUGCAAACAAAGCGCUACCAUUCAUCAAAGCCCAGCCCACUCCCAACGCAAUUGAAUGGAUUCUGGACAGCCGCGUGUUGGGACUUCCUGAAGACGCUGCCGCCGCUGGUCGCCCGCCCUCCGCCACAGUUCAAAUCACCGACAACCUCGGAGUAGUGAUCUAUUAA